AUGUUCGGACUAUUCAGCAGCAGCCGCAAGCCAGUCCAGCCCGCUCGCGUUCCCACGGACACGGUCAUCCCUCUGAAUGCCGCGGACGACACGGAAGUGCUACGCAGUGUGUGCGUGGUGCUGUCCUACCGGUUCGACGACGUGCUGGACCCGGAGAAGCUUCGGUCGUCUUUCGAGAGACUGCUCGACCGACCUGGUUGGCGUAAGAUUGGAGCAAGACUGCGCUUGAAUAAAAACGGGCGCCUCGAAUAUCACAUCCCGGAAUACUACGACGCGAAGCGCCCCAUCGUGACUUACUCACACGCCUCCUACGAAACCUCCAUCCUCGAGCACCCCUUGGGCUCGCGGCUCCCCCGGCCGAGCGUCAAGCCUGCCGUCGUGGCCGAUCCCACUGAAUUCGACUCCCUGACCACCAGCGCGGACGCCCCCAAGACCUUGCACGACUACCUGACACGCGACGUGCCGCAGCUGAGCCUGCACAUUGCCUCGUUUCGCGACUCCACCCUCGUCUCUAUCUCGCUACCGCACACUCUCACCGACGGGACCGGCGGAGCACAGAUCUACCGCUCGUGGGCGCUCGUCCUGCAGGGCCGCGAGGACGAGAUCCCCGCAUUCCAUGGCUACGCCCACGACCCGCUGGCGAGCUUCGGCACCGACCCGCAGUCCGCAUCCAGAUACAUGUACGCGGAGAAGCAGCUCACGGGGUGGUGCAAGUACCUCUUCAUCGCGCACCAGCUGUACGACGCCUGGCGGUACCGCACGGGGUCGCGCAUCGUCUGCAUCCCCGGCGCGUACCUGGCCACCCUGCGCCAGCGCGCCAUCACCGAGAUCCGCACCUCGACCGGCGACGACACGGCCUUCGUCAGCGACAACGACGUAAUUACUGCAUGGUUCACGCGCCUAACGCUGUCGGCCUUCUACCCGCGCACCUCCACGCGCACCAUGCGCAUCAUGAACGCCUUCACCCUCUCAACUGUGCUGGGCGGCUCGCACCUCCCAACCUCGAAAGCCUUCAUUUCUAACGCGGCCACAGAGAUCUACACUUUUUUGCAAAUUAAAGACUUCUUCACCCGCCCACUCAGCUACGCCGCGCACGCCAUCCGCCGGUCCAUGACCACCGGCGGCACACGGGAACAAGUCGAAGCCCUACAAUGCAUCAAGCGGCAGACCUUCGCCACGGAGGGCCACAGCUGGCCGAUCUUUGGGGACGCCUCCAUGGAGAUGAUGAGCUACUCCAACUGGACCAAGGGCAAAUACUUCGAGACGGAUUUCUCGGCGGCGAUCGUGCGCGAGGGUCUGCCGGCGGCGCAACGCGCGGAGAAGCCCGGGUUCGCCUCGAUGGUGCAGUUCAACGCGUGGUCGACCAAGUUCGAUCUCCGGAAUCUCAUGCCCAUCAUGGGGAAGGAUGCCGCCGGGAAUUAUUGGUUGCAAGGCCCGUUGCGCGAGGUCGUGUGGCGGAGGAUUGAGCGGGAGUUGGCAGAGAUGUGUUGACUCGGGAUCCAAUUACUUAGUAGUUGCUCUCCGAUACAUCCGAAGUCUACGACAGUUGCAGUUGGGCAAUACACUGCGUACAGAGUAGGCCUUCCAUUGCAAGGUUUUCCUAGGGCAAGCACGCUUAGCUGUAUGGGGCGAACGCAACCGGAAUUGAUAAGGACCUGUGGGAGACUACAAUCGGGAGGUAAGAAUCUGGCUACGGUAGAAUAAAAGACCUUAACACCAAAUCAGGGAGGAAUGCAGCUAGUCGAGUCUUAGAGGUGGUUGUGAUACAUCCAUAGGAGAAGAAGGUGAUGAUGAGGCCAACUCAGCGAGCGCAAACCAUGUCACGUGACAACUGCCCUAUUUCGGCCUUAUGCCAACUUCUAGCCAGCACGAGCGCAGAC